AUGUUGCCACUUUUCUACAAUUUCCUGCUCUUUUAUGCAGUAGCGCGCUGCGACGCACUCUCUGUGGUCAGCAACUUCCAGCUCAACGCAUUCCUCAACGACAACUACUCCUCGUCGCGCAAAUUCUUGGUGGACAUAACAUCUGCGGAAAGUUUUAUCCUCAAAUCCGCCGAAUUUGAGGGAGAAUUUGGGCGUGGGAAUGUGUUUGAUCCCACUGCUUCGUCGGGCUUCAAGAACCUCUCGGACAUUGGAGUGGCUGUGUAUUUCGAACAAUUCAACAAAGACUUUUCGAUGGCCAGCGGAUUUGUCGGCCAGGACCGGCUGAAUGUCAGCCUUCGACCGGUGGAGGGAAGGUUUAUUGUGGCGCAUGAGAUCUUUGGGAAUGUGAGCGUUGUCGGAGUGGACAAAGAAACCUUUGCUGGGAGACUGGGAUUCUCGAAGCGUGUUUCUGAGCUGUCGACGGUCGUUCCCGCCAUCUACGGAAAGAAUCCGAGAAUACUUUGUUUGGAGGUGGGGCUAAGCAAGAACAAAAGGUAAACUCGGGCUAGGGUGGAUCCAAAGAGGGCAUUUCGGCGAAGAGUGAACGUCGAGAAAAAAAUUAUGGUAAAGGGGGGACCAAGGCGGAUUUUUUAAGAAUGAGUUUUUAGAUUGCAAAAAAAAUUUAUGGUUAGGGAGGACCAAGGCGGAUUUUUUGAAAAUAAUUUUUUCGAUUGUAAAAAAUUUAUGGUAAGGGGGGACCAAGGCGGAUUUUUUAGGAAUGAUUCUUUCGAUUGCAAAAAAAUUUUAUGGUAAGGGGGGACCAAGGAGGAUCUGGAACAAAAUUCUGCGCCCAGAAGAAAACGUUAAAAUUUUUUAUUCAAUAUUCAUUUUUUAAAUCCGUUUUGGUCCCCUCUUACAAUCUUUUUUUUUGCAAAACGAAAAAGUCAUCGUUAAAAAAUUCGCCUUGGUCCCCCCUUACCAUUUUUUUUUCAAAAUUCCCAGUCCGAAAAGAUGCCCUCUUCGCCCAGAUGCCCUCUUCGGAUCAAAUCUUUAAUCUAGUCAUCAAAUUUCCAGAGAGAAAACUUAUUUCAAGUUAAUUUUAAGAUCAAAGAUCACCACUGUAACAGUAGGAUCGUUCAGUCCGAAUCUCGGAGCCAAAUCUCUGUACGCACGGGUCCCAGUGGUCCCGCAUCCCGAGUACUACAACAUCAAUGUUUCCGCAGUUUCUAUUGGCAACUACAAUGUCAAAACCACAUUUCUGGCCACGUUCACAUCAACUUUUGAUGGCAUUACUGUACCGGAAAGCCUCUUCUUCCAAAUUGUCAAAGCGCUGGACGCCCACUUCCACAACGGUUUCAACGAAUGGGUUGUGAGCUGCGGUAAAAAUUUACCUUUGAAAUUGCAAAUUGCAAAUUCAAAUAUUGAAGUGCGCUUUGACGCCUACACGAAGGCUUUUGGCCGAAGAAUCUGUUUUUUGAAGCUUAGAAAGACGAACGAGAAAACGUUGGUCUUGGGAUUGCCGUUCUACGUGAACAACGGCGUUUGCUUCGAUCAGGAGAAGAACGAAGUCCACGUCUACGACGCCACACUCAACGAGGAUGAUCGUGUUUAUUCUGGUAAAAAUAACUUCAAUUUUAAUGGAGGUAUUGUCUCCAGAAAAUACGAAGAAUUCGAAUUUAACUAA